CUUUGUUUUUAUCAUAGCACGAUGGAGAACAACCAGACCACAGUGGCAGAUUUUAUUCUUUUGGGAUUUCUGGUUAGUCCAGAGAUGAAGAUGUUUCUCUUUGGGCUCUUCUUUCUCCUCUUUACCUUCACUUUGCUGGGAAAUGGAAUCAUUCUGGUCCUGAUAUGUCUUGACUCCAGGCUCCAGACUCCCAUGUACUUCUUCCUCUCCCAACUGGCUCUUGUUGACAUCUCUUAUGCCUCAAACACAGUCCCCCAGAUGCUGGCAAAUCUCCUGGAUCCAGCCAAGCCCAUCUCCUUUGCAGGGUGCUUAGUACAGAACUUUUUCUUUUUGAUGUUUGCCCUCAUAGAAUGCCUUCUGCUAGUAAUGAUGAGCUAUGACCGGUAUGUGGCAAUCUGCCAUCCCCUCAGAUAUACUCUUAUUAUGAACCGGGGACUGUGUAUUGCACUGGCCAUCACAUCUUGGGUAGUUGGAUCCCUCCUGGCCUUGGUCCAUGCCAUUCUCCUGCUUAGGCUGCCCUUCUGUGGGCCCCGGGAAAUCAACCACUUCUUCUGUGAAAUCCUUUCUGUACUGAAACUUGCCUGCGCAGACACAUGGCUCAACAAAUUAGUCAUCUUUGUUGCCUGUGUGUUUAUCUUAAUCGUACCCUUGUGCUUCGUCCUAAUCUCCUACACACAUAUCCUUGGUGCUAUUCUGGGGAUCCAAUCAAGGGAAGGACGAAGGAAAGCCUUCUCCACCUGCUCUUCUCACAUCUGCGUGGUUGGACUUUUCUUCGGUACUGCCAUCAUCACUUAUAUGGUUCCCAAAUCCAGGAACUCUGAGAAGGAACAGAAAAUUAUUUUCUUGUUUUAUAGUUUCUUUAAUCCUACCCUAAAUCCUCUGAUAUACAGCCUGAGAAAUGCAGAGGUAAAGGGUGCCCUUAGGAGACUACUUAGGAAGGAGAGAGUAGGUUAA